AUGACUGCCAUGGCCGACAUCAUUUCCGGCUUUGAACAGCACCUGCUAGAGGAAGCAAUGAACGCAGUCAGGCAGGACGGGGAUGCUCCAGAUGAUGAGGACGAUGAACUUGCGGCAGCGGCCGAGUCUGAACAGCGCGCUAAACGCCGCAAAACCAUGCAAAAGCAGCUCGCUGCUCUUCAGCAGAACAAGCCUUCGUUGUUUUCUGACGAAGGCUCCUUGCCCGCGAUUGGCGCCCAGAUGGCCCAGAAUGGCAAUCGGGCUGUUGGCCUGUAUGACGAGGGCCGCUUUUUGCUGUUCUGGCUUCAACGCGUCCACUAUGUCAAAACUUUUCAACGGCAGCGUCUGGAAGCGCAGUGUUCUUCGGGACCAGAACCGCUUCUGCAUGCAUCAGACGUGCUUGUGCCUUGCCAUGACUUUCCACAUUGA